AUGGAAGCAGAAUACGUCGCUUUGUGCCAAGGAACUAAAGAAGUUUCAUUCCAAAGAAGCCUUCUUAAUGAAAUUGGACUAAAUGAAAAUACAAAGAAAGCUACCAUCAUUUUCUGUGACAAUCAAGGUGCUCAAUUUCUAGUCAAGAAUCCCAGUGUACAAAAACGCAGUAAGCACAUUGACAUACGCUAUCACUACGUCGAACAAUUUUAUUCACGUCAAUUUCAAGAUCGUGAAGAUGGCCUGGUACGCCUACGCAAUUUCCUCAAGGGUCAGGAAACGGAAACCCCAGCACCUGGCGGUGGCGGCACGGCCAAUACCGAAAAUACUGCCGGCCCGAAUAAGGUCGCCCGUAGCGCUGCCUUCCUUCUACAUCGUGCCGUACGUGAUGCUGUCUAUUCGGUAUUUAAUCAGGCCACCGAAACGGUGCGUGUUCUCUUCUUGGAAUAUGUACCCGGACGGGUGUCACAAAGCGAGGUGGCUCGUUGUGUUGAUCGCCUCUUGCCCGAAUUGUUGGCCAAGUCAGGCGACCCUUCGGCGCGAAUACACACCUUGGCCCAACACACCAUUCUCAGUAUGGCUUCGUGCCCCGAAGUGGCUGAACAACAUUUGGUUGCGCCAGCCCUGUCACGGACCGUUAGCUCGGGUACCCAUCCCCGUCUGGCCCUGAGUCGUAUGCAAAUGUUGGAACAGCUGGUGCUCAGCCAGGGUAUUAGCACCGAUAAACAUAGCGGUCUGACAUGUCGUGCCCUCUCGGAAUGCGGCUGUUCGGGUAUACAUCAUCCUGCGGAGCCGGUGCGUAAGGUAGCCGAACGGAUACUUUUACUGGUGUACAAAGUGAAUCCACGACUGGUGCGCAAACAGCUACCGCCCGAUGAUGAUAUAACGCGGCGUAAUCUGCUGUAUCGCCAGCUAUUCACCGAGUUCGAUAAAUUAGAUUUGGAGAGGAAGACAGAAAUGUUGGAGGCGAAUAAAUAUGCGGCGGGUCAUAGUUCGAGUGAUCCGCAGUCACCACCCUCAAAUCGUAGUGCUGUGGAGCAUUUGCAGUUGGGUGGAGGGGGAGGGGGUGGAGCGGCUAGUGGUGGCAGCUCGGAUAGUCGUGCCAGUCCCUAUGGAUUUUCAUGUAAAUCACCUGAUAAUUCUCAAUCCAGUCCAAUGCGUCGUUCCGAAACGAGGAUUCUGAAAAGUCGUAGUGGUCAGACAUUGGCCGCUCAGGGCAAUCAACCAGGCACAAGUAAUGGUUAUAAUAGUGGCGGCAGCAGUAGUCGGGAUAAUGCGAAAUGUAAUGGCAAGCAACAGUAUAAUGAGCUGCUGAAAAGGUCCAUGAUAUCCGCCAGUAGUUCGAGAAAAAAUUCCAAUUCUAAUUCGAAUUCUGAAUCGUUUGAAGAGGCGGCCGAUGUGAUAUCCUGUCCAUUCUGUGAUUGGUCCUCACAGAGCGGCGAUCCCGCCCAGCUGGAUCGGCACUAUUGGAAAUCAUGCCCAUUUUUGACGAAAUGUCCCCAAUGUAGUCAGGUAUUGGAGGUGGCUGCCUUAAAUUAUCAUUUGACAAAGGAAUGUGAGGUUAAGGACAACUACAUCAUGUGUGAAAGAUGUACGGAAUCGGUGCACAAACAGCUCUAUGAUCUGCAUCAAAUGGAGGACUAUUGUAGAGAAUUAAAAACCGGUGCCGCCCGUUGCCCACUGUGCCACGAUGAUGUCCAUUUGCCAUUGGAUGGCGGUUGGAAGCUACAUUUGUUGAGUGCCUCCGGUUGUCCUGGCAAUACAAGAAGACGUUCCAAAAAAUCCACAUCCUCAUCAUAA